CAGAUAUCAUGUCAAUGCAACAGGUGACAACAGUGAAAGGUUACAUGUAAAUCAUGUUGGCACGGCACUUCCUUGUUGUGUUGUAUAAAGAGACCCAUCAUCUGUGUGAAUCAUAUCUCUUCAUAGGAGACAUACUUCUGAUCCUGGGGCAUAACAAGGAGACAUACUUCUGAUCCUGGGGCAUAACAAGGAGACAUACUUCUGAUCCUGGGGCAUAACAAGACAGGUUUAUGAUGUCAUCAGUCCUGGCCGUUGUCUCUCUCCUCCUCUUGCAGACAGGGGUCCAGGGAUUCCUGGUGCUCUUCUCAGGCAGCUCCAUGGACCACCUGGAGAUCACCAGGGAAGCCAUCUUACAGACCACGGCGAAGGUGUGCAUGCAACUGGCCUCGGUUGAGGGAAGAGACUUCACUCUGCCGCCCGGACCACUGACUGCAGAGUCUCUGGCUCUAGCCUGCUCCUCAUCAGGCUCUGCUAAGAGUUUCCAGAGUGCCAUAUCAGACGUCACCUGGAGAAAUGCCGGAGUCGACUUCCGUCACCUGUUCAAUGAAGAAUACCACUUUGAUGGGGAGAGAUUCACCGAGGGGUGGAAACUCAUCAAAGAUGGAAUGACCUCUGUCAAAGCCAGCAUCAAGCAAGGGAACUUUGAGGCAGCAAGACAGAAGCUGGGAGACAUUUUACACACUUUACAGGACUUCUACAGUCACAGUAACUGGAUGGAACUGGGUAACAGAUUUCCCCAUUCCAAUCUCAUCAGAUCAGACGUGUCGGACAUCGGCCCUGUUGCAGGUAUGGCGCUAGUGUGCGUCUGGGUGUGUAUGUUAACGAAGGGGAGUAGUUUGAAAAUGUCUGAAUGAGUUUGAAGAUGGCUCAUUGAGUACAGAGUAGUUUGAAGAUAGAUGGCUAUUUGCCAACUAAAACAUGUAGGUUGAAUGUUAAUUUGAAGAGACAAUCGGUCUGAUUGACAGCUGCCUCUGAUUGAGAACCAUACCAGGCCAAACACAGAAAUAGCAAAUCAUUGAAAAACUAACAUAGACACCCACCCACCCAACUCACGCCCUGAUCAUACUAAAACAAAGACAUAAUAAAAGACAACCCACCCAACUCACGCCCUGACCAUACUAACACAAAGACAUAAUAAAAGACAACCCACCCAACUCACGCCCUGAUCAUACUAAAACAAAGACAUAAUAAAAGACAACCCACCCAACUCCCUGACCAUACUAAAACAAAGACAUAAUAAAAGACAACCCACCCAACUCACGCCC